AUGACGCGGGGUCAAGGACGCCCGCUGUGGUUGACGAGCGCGGCCCUCGUCGCCGUCGCCGUGCUUGUCGUCGCAGCCUCAUCCCUCACUAGCGCGGCGGAGCCGGAGAUUAUCCAGCUGCCGAGCGGCACGUGGAGCAUGAGCACGGUGGAUACGAGCGACAAGAACGCAGGGAUGGCCAACGACGCGGAGAACGAGGGGCGCGGGUACCUGCACUACAUGGCCACGGCCGUCAACAAGGGCCUCCACCUCGCGCAGGCCGCCGAGUCCAUCCGCGAUGUCAACGAAACCGCCGCCGCCGCCAUCCAGAGCGCCGCCGCGCUUCCCGCGGAUCAGCAGGCCUCGGCUGGACAGGCCGACGUGUACACGUCGAACAUGGGGCAGUAUCUCAAGUAUCACGGCGGCAAGAUGAUGACCGAGCCCAACGACCUUAAGGUGUACGUUCUAUGGUACGGCCGGUGGAGCAAGAAGCAGAAGCGCAUCAUCCGCCGCUUCCUCGUGUCCCUGGACCGCUCGAAGAAUAACUACCAGAAGUAUCCGACCGUCGUUGGGUGGUGGGCGAUUAACGUGCGGUACUAUACGAACGGCAAGAACGAACGCGCGACGCCGUACGUGAAGCUGUCGAAGGAGAUCAACGCCAAGUACAAGCUCGCGCCGCUCGGCACUGUGCUGAACCCGCUCACGCACGACAACGUCCGCUUGCUCCUGGCUAGCGCGUUCGACAAGUCGCAGAAGAAUUACUUCCCCAUGGACUCGAACGCCGCGUACCUGGUGCUCACCAGCCCCGACGUGUACGUGACGGACUUCUGCAAGGGCCUCUGCGCCUACCACACCAGCGCCACCUUCAACGGCACCCAGCUCGCGUACGCGUUUGUGGGCAACCCCGCUAAGCAGUGCCCGCAGUACUGCACGUACCAGUACUUCGACCCUACGUUCAGCGGCGUGAACGGCGACCUGGGUGCCGACUCGGUUGUGGAUAAGAUCGGCCACGAGCUGUCGGAGCUCGCGACGAAUCCGUUCCACGGCCGCAACGACAAGCCCGGGUGGGUGGUGGCCAAGUCUCAGAUCGAGAACGCGGACCUGUGCGAGUGGAGGUACGGCCCCACUAACUACGAGGAGGGCGGCAAGGUGUGGAACGUCAAGGGGUUCAACGGCACCAAGUUCCUCGUGCAGAUGAACUUCAACGGCAUGGCUCUGCCUCCCGCCAUCGCUGCUCCGCGCCAUCGCUGCUCCGCACCAUCGCUGCUCCAUCACCUUCAUCCCACUCUCUGCCUCUUCUUCCCGACCCCUGCCCCUCUCUCUUCUUCCGCAUCCCGUCCUUACGCCUGCCUCCUCUGCCACUGUCCUCCGUUUCUCCUCAAACCUCCCCCACCGCACCUCCCCUCUCUUACUCCACCUUCCGCUCCCCUCUCCCCUUCUCUCAUGUCUUCCCUCUCUUCUCAACUCCGUACCGCAAGCUCCAUCCACCUCACAAUCCCCUCAAACGGCUUGUGCAUGUGCGUGCGUGGGGGGGGGGGGGCGCGCGUGCAGGUGCCGUUCUGCCCCAUGGUGGGGUCGGAGGUGUUCAGCAGCGAGGUCAAGAAGACGGCCGUGCUCAUGGAGCACAUGCGCCGCGCCAUUGGCCUGCGCAUCCGCGAGAAGAAGGAGGUCUACGAGGGCGAGGUGGUGGAGCUGGCAGCGGAGGAGACGGAGAGUGUGAGUGGGGGGUACGGCAAGGCCAUCUGCCACGUGGUGGUGGCGCUCAAGACCGUCAAGGGCACCAAGCACCUCAAGCUCGACCCCUCCAUCUAUGACGCGCUGCUCAAGGAAAAGGUGGCAGUGGGGGACGUGAUCUACAUAGAGGCGAACAGUGGUGCGGUGAAGCGUGUGGGGCGCAGCGACGCAUUCGCGAGCGAGUUUGACCUGGAGGCGGAGGAGUACGUGCCCGUGCCCAAGGGCGACGUGCACAAGCGCAAGGAGCUCGUUCAGGACGUGACGUUGCACGAUUUGGACGCGGCGAAUGCGGCGCCACAGGGUGGGCAGGACAUCAUGAGCAUGAUGGGCGCGCUGCUGAAGCACAAGCGCACCGAGGUCACUGACAAGCUGCGCCAAGAGAUCAACAAGGUGGUGAACAAGUACAUAGACGAGGGCAUAGCGGAGCUCAUCCCGGGGGUGCUCUUCAUUGAUGAGGUGCACAUGCUCGAUAUAGAGUGCUUCACGUUUCUCAACAGAGCGUUGGAGAGCCAGCUAGCGCCGAUAGUCAUAUUCGCCACCAACCGAGGCAUCUGCCCGAUACGGGGAACGGAUGUGCUGAGUCCGCAUGGCAUCCCGGUUGACUUGCUCGACCGCCUAGUCAUCAUCACCACACUGCCGUAUACCCCCGACGAGAUGCUCAAGAUCAUAGCCAUCAGAGCGCAGGUGGAGGGGCUCUCCAUUGACGAGCACUGCCUUGCCUUGCUCGGCGAGAUCGCAGAGAGAACGUCCCUCAGACAUGCAGUUCAGCUUCUCACACCCAGCAGUAUUGUGGCCAAGGCAAAUGGUCGAAGCAACCUGGCAAAGGAAGAUAUCGACGCAGUUUCAUUUCUCUUCUUGGACUCCAAAGCAUCGGCGAGGAUGUUGCAAGCUCAUUCAGACAAAUAUGUGUCACAAUGA